CCGCUGAACCCCUGAGGCCGACUCACCGAACCCCUAAGGUUCGAUCGAACCAAGGUUAAGAACCACUGCAUUAGUUGGUGAUUAAAACAGAAAACAUGCGACUUUCUUUCCGUGCCUUUUAUUUUGAAAGGGACCCUCAUACCCAGGAAGAUAAAUGUCGGUGGUCUUCUCCCAGUCACAAAAAUUGCGGAAGCGUGUGGCUUAAUUUGUUUCCCACGCAGUGUGAUAUAUUCUUAUUUCCAAGGAAUUGUACCAUGUCUUCCCCUGCAACCAUUAAGAUUGGAAUAAUCGGUGGCUCAGGGCUUGAUGACCCUGACAUAUUGGAAGGAAGAACCGAGCGUUACGUCGACACGCCUUAUGGAAAGCCAUCAGACGCCUUGAUAUUGGGGAAAAUAAAAAAUGUAGAAUGCGUGCUUCUUGCAAGACAUGGAAGGCAGCACACCAUAAUGCCAUCCAACAUCAACUACCAGGCCAACAUCUGGGCGCUGAGAGAGGAGGGCUGCACACAUCUGCUUGCCACCACGGCGUGCGGCUCGCUGCGAGAGGAGAUCCAACCCGGGGAUAUUGUCAUCAUAGAUCAGUUCAUUGACAGGACGACCAAGAGAGCGCAGACGUUUUACGAUGGUCAGCCGACGAGUCCUCCAGGUGUGUGUCACAUCCCAAUGGCUGAGCCUUUCUGUAAUAGGACCCGAGAGGUGCUGCUGGAGGUCGCGCGGGGGUUGGGCGUCAAAUGCCACGUGAAGGGGACCAUGCUGAGCAUCGAGGGAUCCCGCUUCUCCUCGCGGGCCGAGAGCCUGAUGUUUCGCCAGUGGGGCGCCGACGUCAUCAACAUGACCACGGUGCCAGAGGUAGUCCUGGCCAAGGAGGCCGGCUUGUGCUACGCCAGCAUCGCCAUGGCAACGGACUACGACUGCUGGAAGGAGCAUGAGGAGGCGGUCUCCGUGGACAACGUGAUGAAGACCAUGAAGGAGAAUGCCAACAAAGCCAGCAGCCUCCUGCUGACUGCAAUACCUCAGAUCAGUCAGUUGGACUGGACUCAGACCAUAGCCUCCUUGAAAGCGAUGGCACAGUCGGCAGUAAUGUUACCCAAACACUGAGCGCAUCUCGGACACCACUCACUCAAGUUCUUGGUUUGUUUGAUCGGUGACUAAAAAAAAAACACACAAGAAAAAUGCCCCUGCAUGUCUUUUCAUGUCACACUCGCCCAGCACCUGUUUAUGUCUCGCCAGGAGAUUAAGGACUUUUCCCACGCUACCUCUCACCAUACAAACUUUUAAUAGAUUAACGUGUUCAUUUUCACGAAAUUUUAUUUUUGUAUGCAUUAUACUUAAAGAAUAUUUUUUCUGGUUGCUACUAAUUAAGGAACAAAACGAGUUUAUUUCUUCAUUUUGGCCAUGCAUAAUUGCAAGGAAGGAAAACAGCUCACUAUAGAACAAUCAUUGCACUGUAAAACAUAAUAAUGUAAUACCAUCUCCGGGUCCUAUUUUGUCAUAUUAUGUUACAUAAAAAAUUGAUCUUUGGGGUGGGCUGAUGGGAUGGACAAGUCCUGGUUCACACUGCAGGUCCAUUCCGAUUUUUUUUGACCACAGGCGACCUGUAUCGGAUUUUUUCCAUUUCCGUGUGAACAGUACAAUUCCGAAUUUUUCAUAACCGACCGAGGCCUCUUUCGUAUGUGUACAUGCGACGUGUCCUCAAUGUGAACGCUUCUGUGUUCAGAUCGCAUUCAUCACACCAAAAGAGAUAAGUGUGAUAAUUAUUUGCCAAAAUAGACGGUUACAAAUAGUUGACAACGGAGCAGAAAACAGGUGAAAAUAAUGUGUUUUAGGAACUUGCGUUAAAGUUCCACCAAUUCUGUGUCCAACUGCUCGCCCACAGACAAGCUCUUCAAGCAGCAAUGCAGCAAAUUAUCCCGUAAAAACUGCCAGAGCCAAAAUAAUUGUCCUCUUUCUUCUUUAUCUUUUACGAACAAUAAUUUGGUUCAGAAAAUGUUGACUUUGAUUUCACAAAAUCCUUAAAAUUGCAACAAAUGCGCCACUACCGAGACCGAUGAGAACUGAAGCCAUGUUUAGUUCCGUAAACACUGCAGUGCCUGCGACGUAAUGUCUGCAUGCGAGUCAGAUUGCUUUCACAUUUGAAAUCGCUUUUUUUUUUUGGUAAUGUGAAAAGCCACUGCCCAGUAGGCAAAAGACAUUGACAGAACGUCCUUUAAAACUGACUUCCAAACAACAUUGCAAAAUAGUUGUAUUUGUAAAUUGUCGGUGUCUAACGUUGGAUCCACGUUGUUGGUUGGGAAAGGACCAAAAUUCUCUGGUCAAAUGUACAUUACAACCUCACAAUGAAUAAACGCUGUCAAAAACCA